AUGGACUUGGGCUACGAUACCCCUGCCAGGCGCAUAGAACAUAGAAGGCUUGACGCGCCACCACAACGCCUCUCUGCCGCGCGCACACUGGGCUCGCAACCCCGAUUCCUCAUCCGCACUGAGGCAACUUUUUUCAUUUUCGAACACGGAGCUGCGCAAAUAUACGCGGCCGCCAAAGGCAAGCCCGACUUUCAGGGCCGGAGGACAAAGCUCGCCAAUUCCUACCAGGAGCUGCUCAAUGAAUUCUCCAGCAACGAUCUCAAGUCGGUCGGAAACUAUACCCUCGGACGCCUAAUCGGCAAAGGCUCCUUUGGAAAGGUCUAUUUGGCCACGCACAAGCUCACCAAUGGCUCCAAGGUUGUUCUCAAGUCGGCCAACAAGAGCGACUCGAAUCUCGCCCGCGAAAUCCACCACCAUCGACAAUUCGUCCACCCACACAUUGCCCGCCUGUACGAAGUCAUUGUGACGGAGAACCUCGUGUGGCUUGUGCUGGAAUACUGCUCCGGUGAUGAGCUGUACAACUAUCUCCUCGAUCACGGCCCGCUCCCCGUCGACAAGGUCCAAAAAAUCUUUGCCCAGCUGGUCGGCGCCGUCAGCUAUGUCCACCUGCAAUCCUGCGUGCACCGCGAUCUUAAGCUCGAAAAUAUACUGUUUGAUAAGCACGAGAAUGUCAAACUGGUCGACUUUGGCUUUACGCGGGAAUAUGAGGGCCGGGUGAACCACCUCCAAACCUUUUGCGGAACAAUAUGCUACUCGGCGCCCGAGAUGCUCAAGGGCGAAAAGUACGCUGGCGAAAAGGUUGACGUUUGGAGCUUGGGCAUCAUCCUCUACUCGCUGCUCUGUGGUGAGCUGCCAUUUGAUGACGACGACGACAAUAUCACGCGAUCACGGAUUCUGGGUCAGGAACCCAAGUACCCAGAUCAUUUGCCGUCGGAGGCAGUAUCGCUGAUUAAAUCACUUUUGGCGAAGCGACCGAUUUUGCGACCCGGCUUACCAGAUAUACUGUCUCAUCCAUUCUUAGCCGAACAUGCCGCGACUCAGCAAGCGAUCCUCCAAAUCAAGCCGCAGCCUCCGUUCGCGUCACCUCUGGAGAAGGACUGCCUCCAACGGAUGAGGAGUGCCGGCGUCGACAUUGAUGCGGUGAUUGAGAGUGUUUUGUCGCAACGGUGUGAUGCGUUGACUGGCUGGUGGAUACUGUUGCUGGAAAAGGAGGAGCGUAAAAUGAAACGACGCGAAAUCAAGCGUCGAGAAAAAGAAGCGGAGCGGAGUUUGCGUCGCCUAUCGGCCGCCUCAAGCCGGCUUGAGCGCCUGGCACCGACGUUGCAAGAUGUAGACGAGGACGGUGGCCUCACCUCACAGUUUAUACGACUCGGGGAGCAUCCUUCCCUGCGACGCGGACGAAGCGACCGAAGAAGCGCAGGAUAUUACGAUAUCACGAUAACAGACCUACCCGAGCUGACCGAGGUGGCCAGGGAGAACGGCUCAGCGAGCGGCGGCGAGUCCGCGCGGCCGGCCGAUAACCAGUCUAUCCGGUCCGUCUCAACCUCUUACAACCAUCGACCGAUACCACCGCCCAAAGAGGGCGUCAUUCGAAGUGCAAGGUCGCGCGGCUCUACACUGCACCUCAUCACAACAGCUGACUCGAUCAACAGCAGAGCGCAGCCGAGCCCCGGGGAGAUGAGCAACGGCAAUGCCAACGGCACCACCUCCAAGUGGAAGAAGAAGCCCGGCAUCAUGGCCCACUGGAAGCACUGGACGCACUGGUUCAAGGAGAAUGCCAAGGUCCGGCGCAAGGGCCACGAGCGCCACGCAAGUCGGAGCGAGUCGGACCUCCACACCAAGGAGAGUAAGGGUGGCGGCGCGGACAAGGAGGCAAGCCCGCGUCCGCAGACGAGCAAGUACCCCAACUCGACGACGAGCGGCGGGGCCAGCCACGGCACGGCAUCGCUGCCCAAGGGCGUAGUGGCAAACGGCCACUACGGCAAGGCAGCGUCACCAGGACGCCGGGUGCUGUCCAAGAGCAGCACCGCGAGUAGUCUGACGGCGCCGCAGCCGCUGCGACCACGGGUGUCGAGCAACUCGCAAGCGUACAAGAGGCAGUCCAUCUCACCUGCACCCAUGACGCCGCGGUCUACCGUGCGUCGCUCAUCGGCCGGCCUGCGCGGCCGCAAGUCGACAUCGUCAUCAGUCUCGUCUGUUCGGUCGCUACAUCACCACCACCACACACACUCGAAAGCAUCGUCCACCAGCUCCACAGGAUCUGUUUCCACGUCCAAGACGCCCCUCGGCCGAACACACUCGCCGCACCACUCGGUCAAGAUGCUGCCCGCCACGCCGACGUCGCACUCGUUCCCGUCCAAUAUUCGCCUCGUCCGCGGCUCCCCGGGGCCGGCCCCGCUACAGCUCUACAACGAGGGCAUGCCGGGCGGCAGCGGCAGCGGCAGCAGCAGCCAUCGCGCACCGGGGUCGCCGAAUCCGUUUGCCGGCGGAGUGCAGUUUGCCAAACGCAAGAAGAACCUCUUCAAGGGCCCUAGCUUGAACUUGCCGACGAUUGCGUCGUCGUCGCGCACGUCGACGCACUCGCGCAGCGGCAGCGGCUCCAACAUGCGACGGUCUACCGAAGUGGCGAUUCCUGGUAUCCAGGAGGAGGAUGAGAUGGCCGAGGAGGAUGAAGAAGAGAUUGAAGAGGUGGAAAUGUUUAAUCCGAUUGUGCGCGGACCGGGUGAGAUUGUGGAGGAGCAGAUUAUUGAGGAUGAUGAGCUGCCGUCGGCGCUGGACCUCGAUGACAUGGAGCAUGGCGCGGCUAUUGGGGUAAAAUGA